AUGAAUAAGAGGCUCAUCAGGUUUGAUCUGACCGUGUGCACACUGAGAAAACUGUUCCACACAGACAGUCUUUUAGUCAUCCGCUCGUCUCAGACACAAAAGGGGCUCUUUGAAAACAAGCCUCGACCAAAGGAGUUUGGCGAGAGCUUCGACCUGAUGACGGCUCUCCAACCUGGGACACAGGGAAAGACAACCUUCCCUUUGUCAGUGUGUGAGCCAUCAACAUCCUUUCAUACCCAGAGGCUAUCGGUUGUGGCGGGGAUGAUUAAGCGGGAUUUGCUGUCGAUCCUUUACCCACCCCUUCUCCUCAGGCAAAGCCAUGUCCGCAGCACUACAGAGAGCGGCUCCCUGCACUCCCCCACCUCCUGCUCAGGCUCCUGGGUUGAGGGGGAUCAAUGGGGGAAGCUUAUUUUGGUGCUGGUGGUUGUGGAGGUGGUGGUGGAGGUGGGGGUGAACCCCACACGACGGCAGCCUUGCAGGCAAGCAGGCGCCAGUUUGAUAGUGAAGCUUAAUGACCGCCCGCUGAGCGCCGUGAGAAUGGCUGUUGUAGUAGAUCAGUCUCAAGCUGAAGCGCUGGCCGCGGCUGCUGCAGCAGCUGGAGGCAACCUCAUCUGCCAGGCCAUCAUCAACUCUGGCAUCGCCAUGGAGACAGAGGAAGCCGUGGAGGAAGCCGUGGAGGAAGCCGUGGAGGAAGCCGUGGUCGAGGAGACCUCAGAGGCAACGGAGGAGAUGGAUAAAGAGAAUUCUGACUGUCCUGAUGAGGAUGAGAAUUUCACUGAGAUCCAUAUUAAAGAAGAGUUUGAAAUGGAAACAGAGGAAGCAGGAGAUGGUCAAACAUCUUCAAAAACGCACAAGUGUCCACACUGUAGUCGCUCUUUCAAGGGACUGAAUUAUUUCCGCUUUCAUGUCAAGGGCCAUUUGGGUUACAAGCCUUUUAAGUGCACGCUUUGCCACAAAGAGUUCCUAACUGGUUACCUGCUAAAGAAACACAUGGAAGUCCAUGUCAGUGAGAGGAGGUACAAGUGUGGGGAAUGUGGCAAGCUAUACAAAACCAUUGGGCAUGUACGUGAGCACAUGAGGGCCCACUCUGAUGAAAGACCCUACCGCUGUUCCAGGUGCAACAAGGGGUACAAGACCAAGAAUGCCUUACAGGUGCAUCAGCGGACCCACGGUGAUGAGAAACCUUAUGUGUGUCAGUUCUGCUUACGAGGCUUCAGGGAGAAGGGUUCGUUAGUGCGACACAUCCGCCAUCACACCGGAGAGAAGCCUUUCAAGUGCCCAAAGUGCAGCCGAGGCUUUGCUGAGCACGGGACUCUGAAUCGGCAUAUGCGUGCGAAAGGAGGCUGCCAGAAGGACGGUUGCAGUGAGCAGCAGGAAGAGGAAACGGAGGAGCAGGCGUCGGUGAACAGCCUCGCUACGGCAGCCAUCAUCUCAGAGGAUCCUCAUGCCGUCCUGGUGGAGUUCUCCUCAGUGGUGGCCGACACACAGGAGUACAUCAUCAAUGUGAGACAGGGAGUAAGGGUUAAACAGAAAGUGGUGUUUCUCCCCUUACUCAGAGUUUGAUGUUUGUUAAAGUGUGAAAGUUAUUUUUUUUCUAGAUAAAACUUGUUUAAGUGAUACAUGAUGUCACAGCAAGUGUUUUUUAUAUCAAUCAAGAGCAGAAUAUGUGCCGUUACAUCACUGAUUAGACCCUCCAGAAAAACGCGAUUCUGCGAUCGCAGAA